AUGGACUUCGGCGACGCUCUCGCCGCCGGCUCUUCAGGCCGUUCCGAGGACAGCUCUACCAGCACCCGCGAGCUCCAUAGCCAGCACAUUUACGAUCUCCAGUUGGAGGUCAACGCCCUCCGUGCUGAAAUCCAAACUCUCAGGUCAGCCUUGCAAACUUUGGAGGAGUCCCUUGCUCGUGCCUGGGUGAACCAGACUGGCCACCACCAACCCAUGAAUACCUUUAGUGCCGGCAUCUUGCAGCAACUUGCUGGUGUCACCCGCGAGCAGCUCGACGGUGCCUUGCCUCCGGCGCAGGCCACUUUUGGGCCCCCUGCGCUUCCGUUUGCACCCGUGCCCGAUCUUGGGGAUGCCUUUCCUGCCAAUCCAUCUGAUGCAUCUGCUUCUGCGGAUAACUGGGGGUUUGUAGGAUUUACUGGUGACUUCGAAGGGUUUACCGAUGACUUCACAGCCCACUUAGCAUCCCUCUGCGAGCCAGAUGAGCAGGCCCCUUCCCUUUCCCUUUUAGGGUCGGGAGAUGACAACACUGCUUGGUAUGAAGAUGUUAGGGCCAUGAGUGAGUCGCAUUUUUCAUUGGUGCCAAGUGCCAGCAAAAGAGACUUUGGAGAAGAGGUCCGUCCUGGUAGGAUUGCUCGUGCUGUGGGCGAUGAGCGCUCACGUACUGCCGUGGCAUCUCCUGCCCUGCCUUGGGAGAGAGGAGUCUUCAGAGCCAUCUUUGGGGAUGAGGGCUUAACUAAUCCCUUUGAUAACCUGGUGCUUAAGAUGCCUGGCCCCUUAGUCCCAGCACAUGUGCCGUCGGCGGAGCCAAAGAUCCAUGAGCCUCCCAUACCUUCAGCUGACAUCGCGAGCAGGGCAUUCAAAUCCUUCAAGGAUGUACAUCCGAGCGACGAGCGCGAUAUGGUCAUGGACCGAGCGGUGUGCAAACUGCAGCACAUCAUUUGCCGCACCGAUGUUGACCGUUUGUCACCUGAACUUGCACAAGCAGCAUCUUCCAAAGAUGCAACAGACGAAGUGUUUGGCAUCGUGUCAGCUUGUGUAGGUCUUCGGAGUCCUCACACGGUUGUGAAGCGCGCCAACGCGAUCCUUGCAUACUUGAGAUGGUGUGACAAGGCAGCUCCGACCCGUGCAACCUCCCUCAUUUCAGCUUUGCGUUUUGCGAACUUCGUUCUGGGGCUGAGUGUGUCCGAGGUUCUUGCAAGCCGUAGAAUUCUGGGCCUCAGUGCCCAGCUGGGUGUCAAAAAGAAAGCGACCAACCGAGCCCGGCCUCUCAAGGUGUCAGAGGUGCGGUUCAUGCAUGGCGUGCUAGAGGACGAGAGUGCACCAAUCUGGGACCGAGCCAUCUGUGCCUACCUUCUUCUUGCACUCUACGCAAGAGCCAGACACAGCGAUUUGGUUCUUGUAGAAGAAGUGAUAGCAGACUUUGAUCGCCAGUGCAGCGGAUACCUGGAAAUCCGCCUCAGAUUCCAUAAGACGGCACAGACUAUUGCAAAGAAAAAUGAUUUGUUGCCGGUUAUAGUUUCAAGCAAGGGCAUCGUGAAAGGCGAUUGGCUGGGGUUGGCUACUGAUGUAUUUGAGCGUGUGGGCCUCACCUUGGAUGGGACUGUCGGCGCGGGCCUCUUCAGGCCCUUUAGGCCCGGUGGUGCUGCCCCAGGUCGACGAAGCCUAAGGUCGUCGGAGUGCACAACCAUGUUGAAAAUGGUCCUUGAGCGGGCUGGGUCAGAUGUGUCAAUGGUCACAUCUCACUCGUUGAAGAGAACCCUGCUUGAUUGGGGCUCCAAGUUUUGUCUUGAUGACGGGAUUUUGGCUUUGCUUGGGCGUCACAGUAAGUGUGUCAAAGGAAGCGUGCCCGUCUAUGCCAAGGAGGAAGCCUUGAAAGCUGUUAGGGCUCUUGAGCCUAUGGGCCAAGCAGUGGCCGCAGGAUCGUUCCACCCAGAUGCUGCCCGAGCCUUGUACUUUACAGAUCCCCCAGCACCAACUGUGGUGCCACAAGCGCCCGAGUUCAAGGCAGCUGUCAAGGCGAAGGUUGAAACCAUCAAUGAUUCAGCGUCCGAGCGGGCUGAGUCCGAGGGGCAGCAUUCUUCAAGUAGCAGCGAAAGCAGCGAUUCCGAGUCACAAGACGACUCCGACUCGUCGUCCGAGUCAAUUGCGCCUCUUAAAGCGCCCCGCCUGGAAAUCGAGCAGUGGGAUGCCGCCGACUGUGUGGCCAAUUCCAGGUACCUCGGAGUUUUGACGUGCACAGUGGACUGUCCGAAGCUCCUUUUGCUCGCCAUGUCCUCGUUAAUCGAUAGCGGUGCACACUUUAAAAGGCGUGCGGAUGAGGUCGGCCUCAGCAGUGCCGGGUGGACGAUCCUUCAGGCCCUUGGCAUUACCUCUGUAGGCAAGGCGGCGUACACCAUCACGUCGCUAGGUGAGCCGGUCACGGAACCCAUAUUCCGAGAUUGGGUUGUCGACAAUGCUGCAGGUAUGACUCUGGGUGAUCAAUCAUGCUUGAAAAGGCUCGUGUUCGAGUCCCAGACUCUGGUCGUUGCUGAGUUGCGCGACCAAGUAUCCGGGUCUCAAUCAUCUGCCCCUCGUCGUGUUCCCGAGGCUGAGCGCGACCGAAGACUGAACGAUCUUAGGGCGGCCCUCCCAGGCAUCACGCUGGAGGGCGUGAAUAUGCCAAGCAAUGCCCUGCUGGAUUCAUGUUGUCAGCAAGAGCGAGACAACUUACUUAAGUACAUCCCGCCUGAGAAGGCCACGAGCCGCACCCAUGAACUCACGAAUCCCAGACCGACCCAUCAGGCGCUGCAGGUCGAAGCAUCCAAGAUAGUUCUCAAGAGUGACGCUGAUGCCGUUGAGUAUCAACCGGUCAAUGCGCUCCAGACCAUGGAGGCCCUUCGGCGACGAGGUUUGGCCAUGGUGUUUGCACAGAUGAUUACAUAUGAUGCCUACGAUCGGUAUGUGAAUCGUCUCUUUAACCACCUGUCCCGUGACCCGCCGCCAGGGCUCAAUCGCGUGAAUGUGACACAAUUGGUUAACGCUGACAAGCAGGUGUUUGCACUGCUGGCCGAAUGGGGUGUCAAACCAAGGAGGGAUACCGCAGGUGAGUAUCCCCUUGACAGAGAGAUGCACCGCGCUUUGGAAUCCUAUGAGGUGUCCAUUGCCCUCAUGCACCAGGCCGGCGGCCUUUGGAUCGAGGGAGCUGGUGAGGAGGUUUGUCCUGACCCAGGGCAUCCCGAUGCCAAGGGACAUGUUCUGCAACUGCAUGAGCCGAUCCAGUUCGAUGCGCACCGGCUGCGUGCGACGUGCCCGUGGACAGGUAAUCGCACUGUGCUAGCCGCUUUCGUAAUCAAUGAUUUCCACAAGUUGGAUGCUCAGCACCGCCAGCUUCUGCAGCACACUGCCUUUCGCUUGCCAAGCCUGUCUACUGGCGAGCUCCUGCCUUUGCGCCCAAGCAUCGCUUCGCGAUUCCCAGUGGUCCUUGAAAUUUUUGCGGGUACAGCUCGUGUGACCGCAGCCUUGCGUCGCUGUGGCUUUGUCGGGGCCCAAGGUGUUGAUCACGUGGUCGUGGAUCAUGCUGCCUGUCCUGUGCUGUUGGCCGAUCUGACUACGCAAGAGGGCCAGCGUUUGACAAUGAUGUGGCUUUCCAGCCCUCAUGUUGUGGGUGUCUUCAUCGCUCCACCGUGUGGCACCAGCUCUCGCGCCCGGGAGAUUGCACUCCCUGGGCAUUCUCCCGCCCCGCUGCGAUCACUAACUUUUCCUGACGGGCUGCCCCAUCUGUCUGGUCUCAACCUGGUGCGCGUCAACAAAGCUAAUCAGCUGUACCACUUUACGACUACCAUCUGUGCUGAGGCCCAUCGCCGCAACCUCAUCAUUGCCGUGGAAAAUCCGCGGAGUAGUCUCUACUGGUCCACCAGCUUCUGGGCUGCUGCGGCCUCCUUUUGUCCUAUGCAUACUGAUUUUCAACACUGUGCCUUUGGCGGUCGCCGGCUCAAGUGGACUCGCCUUUGCCACAACCACCAAGCCUUCCAUGCUUUGCAUCGCGUCUGUCCCGGUGGUGCCUGUGCUGCCCAACAUUUGCCGUGGGGUCGUUCUGAAGACGGCUCCUUUGCCACCGCCAGUGAAAGCGCUUACCCGCCGCAGCUAGCCACCGCCAUCGCUCAAUGCUUCGCUCGAGCAGUUACUUUUCUACCCGAAGCCGAGCCCUCCCUUGCAGCCAUGAGGGCCACUUCCGGCCUUCAGCCCAAGGCUUCUGCUGUGCCGCCUCUUGUCCCCGAGCACAAAGCUGUGCUUGUAAUGGCCGGGCCGAGUGAUGCCACUUCCUUGCCGACCCUUCGCGCCCGACUGCCCGAGCCGUGGUCUGACUCGCGCUUCGCGCCUGCUGGGCCCGUGCCAGCCCACAGUCAAUUACUCCGAGCGGAUAAGAAGGGAAGUGAUCGACUUGAAUUGGCUUGGGGCAUAUCUUGGUCUCCAGAAGAGUUCAUACAUAAAGCGGUUCAAGCGGGACAUCCCAAAAAGUUUGACUCGCUACUGCCUUCCGCACUGAGCCACAGCAUAGAUGUAAAUGCAAAAACAACGCCGGCCGAUAGAGCCGGCCUCAGAGCCGAAUGGUUUGCAAAGUGGACCAAACGUGCAGCAGAACUUUCGGGGGACGAAAAGAAGCUCAAGAGCUCCCUCCCCGAGUACGCCAGGAAGAUCGUCCUACCAAAAAGGAUUUUAUUGUGGCGUGAGAUUCUAGAGGAUCUCAAAUAUCCUGACAUUGGAGUGCUAGACGAAAUGCUUGAAGGAGUGCACUUGACAGGUCAGACCCCUUGCACCGGGGUCUUUCCUGGGGCCUUUAAGCCAGCAAAAAGGACUUCGGAACAGCUGCGCUCCAAAGCUAGCGAGUCCCGCCAGAAGAUCAUCGAUGCGAUCAAAUCGCAGGGUCACCUGGAUGAAGCGCUAGAACAAAAGGUCGACGAAGAAGUGGAGCUCGGCUGGUUGUCCGAGCCGAUAGACCCGACCGAUUUGCCGGAAGACGCCACAAUCAGCAGGAGGUUUGCGAUCGAGCAGUCAGGUAAGAUUCGCUUGAUAGACGACCUGAGUGAUAGUGGUGUUAAUGGGUCUGUCCAAACCACCGAGAGCCCCAAACCUCAAUCCCUCGAUGUGGUGGCCGCCAUGGCCUUGGCCUGUCUCAGACAGCUGCCUGGGACUGCCAUGCUAGGGAAAACGUUCGACUUAAAGAGCGCCUACAGACAAAUGUUUGUGUCUCCAGACGACCUCAAGGAAGCUUACAUUGCAUACUUCAGCCACCGCGAACGCAAAGUGAUCGUAAGGCAAAUGCUUGCGCUCCCAUUCGGGGCGACCAGAGCGGUGUUCUCCUAUUUGAGAGUGGCGCACUCUAUGUGGUACAUUGGGUGCUGGGCACUGAAGUUGAUUUGGUCGCAUUUCUUCGACGACUUUUUAAGUCUGGCGACUCAGAUCGAGGCCAAAGCAGUCGACCUGGCAAUAUCAUCAUUGUUCAGGUUGCUAGGGUGGAAAGUCUCGGAGGACAAAGACAAGCCCUUUGCUGAGAGUUUUGCUGCGCUUGGGGUGCGGGUUAGUUUCGAACGAUUUUUGCAAGGGGAAGUCCUGUUCCAUAAUACGGACAAGCGCAUCUUGGAGGUUUCGGCCACGCUGCGCCAUGCAGCUGAUGAUCCAGCUCUCACCCAGAAGGACCUGUCGCGCAUUCGGGGUCGCAUGGUCUUCGCAGGGGGCCAGCUCUUCGGAAGAGCCGGCCGGCUAUGCGUGGCCGCCCUAGCUGGUGAAGGUUGCUCGACCAAGGCAAACCUUAGCAACGACGCAAAGCAAGCUAUGCUUCAGUUUGCCGACCUGCUUGAAGCCAACUGGCCGCGCGUACUGAGAGAUGUGUCGGCAGAUCCAGUGUAUAUCUUCACUGAUGCCUCGUAUUCCGAGGUGAGUGGAGGUACUUUCUGCGGCAUAGGCGGAGUCUGCUUUGACCACAAAGGCCAUCCCCUUGGAUUUUUCUCCGAAGAAUUGUCCGGUUUCCAGAAGCGUCUACUAGGAGAGGGAAGGUCCAAGACCAUCAUCUUCGAGGCGGAACUUGCAACAAUCGUGAUCGCUUAUGUCCUAUGGAAAGAUUGGCUUAGGGGAAAACCUGCUGUGAUUUUUGUGGAUAAUAACUCCGCUAGAGACGUGUCAAUCAGUGGCACAUCACGGAAUGAUGUAGGCAAAUCGCUUGCAUCACUUCUUUUAACAGUGGAAUCCUUAGCCAAAACUUGUUCGUGGUUCGCUCGUGUUCCGUCACCAGCGAACAUCGCAGACACGCCUUCGCGUGAAGUGCUGAAAAGCUUCACCGUGUCAGGUUGCCCCGUCCCUCACUUCCCGUGCGAGGACAUCGUGUCCGAAGUCUUGGGCAUCUUAGUCAAGUAA